AUGGCUGUAUUCUACGGUACCGAACUUGAAGAGUUGGACGAUGAAAAAAGUUGGGAGCCAAAACAGUUCCGGUCGAGCCGCAGUGAAAGAACUGAAAAAAUUGAUUACAAGCCAGAAGAUUUCAUGGAUGAAGAGGAUCUCAGUGAAUUUGGUAUUUCGGCAAGACGAGUUAAAACCUCGAUUGAAGCUGGCGUGCGAAAUGCCGAAAAACAUUUAUUGGCAUGGGAACGAAGCACUCAGAUCUCAGUGAAUUUGGUAUUUCGGCGAGACGAGUUAAAACCUCAAUUGAAGCUGGUGUGCGAAAUGCCGAAAAACAUUUGUUGGCAUGGGAGCGAAGCACUCAGUCAUCGCUCGAAUCAGCAUUAUCCGCUGGUCUUGAAAGAAUAA